CCGCGGGGACCAUGGCGGCGGGUACGGUGGUGGUGGGACCGGGCCGGGCCGGGCAGCCGGCGGAGGAGAAGGCGGCGGCUUAGCGGGCGCGGCAUGGCCCGGGCCCGGCUGUCGCUGCUGCUGUCCCCGCUGCUGGUGCUGCUGGUCGCGGCCUGCGCCUGGCGGCCGGCGCGGGGUCARGAGGCGCCGCAGAGCCCGGACUGGCGGACGACGCUGAAGACGAUCCGCAAUGGCGUGCACAAGAUCGACGUGUACCUGAACGCGGCCCUCGACCUGCUGGGCGGCGAGGACGGGCUCUGCCAGUACAAGUGCGGUGACGGAUCAAGACCCGUUCCUCGCUCUGGAUAUAAACCAGCACCACCAAAUGGCUGUGGAUCCCCUCUAUUUGGAGUUCAGUUUGACAUUGGCAUCCCUUCAAUGACAAAGUGCUGCAAUCACCAYGACAGAUGCUAUGAUACUUGUGGCAAUAAAAAAAAUGAUUGUGAUGAGCAGUUUCAGACCUGCCUCUCAAAAAUUUGCAGAAAUGUGCAGAAAACACUUGGAAUCUCAGAGAGUGUCCAGGCUUGUGAAUCCACUGUUCAGCUGCUGUUUGAUGCAGUUAUACAUUUAGGAUGCAAACCAUACCUGGACAGCCAGAGAGCUGCUUGUAUGUGUCGUUACGAGGGCAAGACAGACCUSUGAAAGAAGACAUUGAGAUCUCAUGGUGUACAACAAAGCCGAAGAUUCAGCUGAAGUGAAGCAAGUCUUUGGUUAUAUGACUUCAUGCUUUUUCAGACAGUAGUGUAUUAAACACUGACAUGAAUUUACUGAUUGGAAAAUCACUACGAUAUUCUUACCCACGUAAGAAGCUUGGGAACUGAAAUUGCUUUCCUUUGGUUUACAUCCACCUAGGGCGGGCAGUUGUAAAACACUGGUGCCAUUUUAAUGUUCACAAGAGAACUCCAUGGUGGGGACAUCAGAGGCAUCAAAUAGUUAUAUUGAAUUCUCAGGUGAUUUUUAAUACAGGUCAAAUUUUAGGUUUACUAGCAGUUCAAGUGUCUGAUGGGUUCAACAGGAAGGAGGGUGUUGUGUGUACCAGUCUGACAUCUUACAUAGCCUGUGCUUUCAUGUUUCCCGUGCAGUUGCCUUCAGUUCUCUCUGACGUGUGUGGUCCUGCAGGUUUGUUUUUAAAACAAGGAAAACAGCCCAAGCCCGUGCACGUGUACURCAUAUUUCUUCCUGAUUCUGUAUCAAUGCCUUACUUCUGCAGCACCUUUCAGAUCAUAUAYGUUGAUCCUUUUAAGGGUUGUCCAGUAAAACAAAGAGUUUGCAGCCUAAGGAUAUGCUUUUGAUUUGACAAAAUGGUGAAAUGUAGUUUCUAUGUUAUUUUUUAAAAAUUCAUCAAAUGUCUAUUUUUGAAUAAAACAUUUUGUGUUGCGUAUUGGA